AACACUUGUCAGCGCGCUUUUCUGCAAAUUCAAAUCAAAUUCUUUACUUGCAAAACCCACAUUAAUUACCAGUUAGCGCCUCUUUCCUCUCAACGUUGAACCCUAAUCCUAGACGCCAUCAAUCUCUCCUCUUUACAUAUGAAAGCUUGAUUUUUUCGAUCUUCAAUUUGAGUUUUGCAGAAACUGGUAGAGAUCUAUAUGAAAAAAGAAAUCUUUUUAAGCACCUCAUUCAAUUUGCUUACCGAUGGAUGGUUGUGUUGUAGCCGGAUCUGAAUCCAAGAAGAGGCGUUGUGAAGAAUUUGUAGCAUUGCCAGAACUCGGACCUAAAAGAGCAAAAAUUAGAGACCUAGAGUCCGUUCUUCGUUCCGAAGGGAAAGCAAAAGUCAACACCGCUUCAGCAUCUGAUUUCAGCACCAAAUACGAAGCUCCAUCAUGUAUCGAAGACACAACCCAAUUUGAAUCCGGGAUUAAUUGUGUAAAACCAAAAGGUUUUGGUUUCGAUCUCAACACCGAAGAUGUUUCUAGUUCUAUCAGUAACGAUCUUUUUCAUCCCUACAACGAUUACAAACACGUAAAACCCCGAGAUUCGUUAUCUGAAUGUGGAAGCACUUGUAAUCUGGGAGGACAACAAAACUCCAUGAGAGUAUGGAAAGAAAUGAAACAAAACGGAUUUCUAUCAUCUUCUCAUGGGGGCGUACCUGUGCCACCUGUCCCCAAAUCACGCGGGAGGAAAAAAGGGAACGAGUCAUUGAUCAAGAAAAAGAUAGAAAUCGCAAAGAAAGAACAAGUCGACAGAUUUGCUAAAGUCGCUGCUCCAAGUGGGCUUUUGAAUGAAUUGAAUCCUGGGAUUAUAAACCAUGUAAGAAACCGAAAACAGGUUCAUUCUAUAAUUGAGAAUCUUGUGAGAUCUGCAAGAACUGAAAACAAACAUGGUGAAAGCAAGCAAAAGGGUUUGGAAAAUGAGACAUGGAAGGAUUCUUAUGGGUGUCAAUCAGAUGAACUUAGAGGACACCAUGCUAAUGUAAAUUGUGAAGAUGAUACUCUUGCCUUGAAACUCUCAUCAUCAGCAAACAUGGAAUCAGUGAAUAUGGGCCAUUUGUCCAAUGAAGAGUCUGGAAAUAUGUCAACAGUCGAUUCACUUUCCUUUAAAGGGUAUCAUUGUCUUUUUGCAGCUGCAAAUGUAGCUUCUCAAUGGUUAGAACUUCUUCUUCAGGACAUUAAAGGUCGUCUUGCAGCAUUAAGGCGAAGUAAGAAAAGAGUUCGAGCUGUAAUUCAAACAGAAUUACCUAUCUUGGUAUCACGAGAGUUGGGUCAUAAUCAAGAAAAUGAAUGCUAUGAUGUAAAAAAUUCUGAAAACAUUCACUUUAACAAGGGAAAUGCUGAUUUACAUAGAGCAAAAUGGGGUACUCUUUUUGAUCAGAUGGAUAAUGCCCUUUGUGAAGAAGAGAAACAUCUGGAGAGUUCAUUGAACCAAGUAAAUGAAAUGUUGAUGCAUUGUGAGCAUGGUCUUCUUCAAUUUCAUCCAGAAAAGGACUGCAGAGUUGGAAAAACAGAAACAAGCCCAUACAAGGAUUUAGCUGUUAAAGCAGCUGCAGCUGCCAUCUAUUCAACAUCUAAUUUUUUGAAAUCAAUGGAAAAUUUACCAUGUUUUUGA